UCAAUAUUCUCUGGACCCUUUGGGCAGCAGUCACGUUGUUGUCGGAGAUGACAUUUCAUGCUGACAGAGGCUUUGAAGAGCACCCCACUGACUACGCCGGUUUGAUAAAAAAACUCUUAACACAGCGUAGGCGUAAUCUCCAUUACUUACUCUAUCAAUGAUUAUCUAUUGCGCACCGACAUACUAUUGCUCAAUGAUAAUCCAUUCCAUAAGAGAACAUACAUCAUACAAGAAAUAUUUAUUAUACAGACGACAUCUGCAGUUCGAAAAAUUAUGUAGUGCUGACAUUAAAUAUCGUACUGAUCAUGUAUUCCUUGAUCGAGUGUUGCGUGCUGAUUCUUCGAUACUGACAAUUCAUUGCGUGGUGAUAUCAUCAUUUAUCCUGCUGAUGUGCUUUACACUGAUAUUAUGUUUCACUUUGAUCAUAUACCUCGAAUUUAUUACACGAUCUGCAACUCAUUACACAUCCUUUGUUGAUAACACAAUCCGUACUGCUAAUAUACGCGCACCGCCAAUAUAUGGGCACUGGUAAUAAUAUUGCUAAUUAAAUAUCAGUGCUAAAAAACUACCAAUGCUAAACACUAAUAUCAAAUUUAC